GGUAUUAGUUGAUCCACAUACGCACUCUUACGCACAUUAGAAGACAUCAUGAAAUCCUUCGUAGCUUUCACUUUCUUCGCUCUAUUGGCCGUGGCCAAUGCUGGAAUAAUCCCUGGUGCAUCAUCUUUUGUUGCUCCUUCCGCCUAUGCUGCUCCAGGAGUAGUCGCUCAUGGUGCUUCAUUUAUUCCUAAUGCAUCACCAUUUGUGGCCCACGGCGCCCCAAUUGCAUAUGGCGCCCACCCAUAUGCACAUGCUGGUCCACUGGCUUAUGCUGGAGUUCCUCAUGGUCUCUACUACUAAGCAUUUUAAUUCUUUUUUGUAGUUUGUACACUAAAUAGUUAAUUAAGUA